AUGCCUCUCAAGCCAGGAAGCCAAGCCAGGCAGGACACUGCCCCUCUCCCUCACAAGAAAGUGCCUGUAAUGUUGCCAAAUUUCGUGGUAUGGGGAAUUGGGCUGAUGGACAAGUUUUGGCCACAUGGACAGGCACCAGCAUUUAAGGGGCAAAAACAAUGCCCCCGUACAUUCAUAACCAGUGAUCAAGGUAAUUCAGCAUUGGAGAUCACGGGCAAUCCUAGCGAAAUCAGCCACCUCAAAUGCUUGGACCGUCCCACAACAUUCUUCCAAGAAGACACAGGCAACAUCGCCCUCUACUUUGAUGAUGAUGAGAACAGCAUCGAUGACAAGGAUGAUGACAACAAGGAAAUAGAAGUUUCACUGUUAGUGUACCCUUCAAAGCAUUUAUGCCUCCUUCGCCAAGUGCCAGACAAGAAACUUCUACAUCUCCUUGAUGUCACUCACCAAUGGAUCGGGCAAGGCCGAGAAUUCCCCAAGCUGCCACUGUCUCAGGAUCUGGACAGUCUUUGCAUGUCAGUUUUGACCUAUCCAGAGGAAUGGAUAGCACCACUGCUCCCUGCCUACAAUAUUUCUGUUGUCAAUCUACUUAAAUUCAACCUUCUACAAAUCACUGAUUGGCCUCCCGAAUGUGGGCUCUCCUAUGAUCCAGACACUCCCAAUCGCAAGUUGAAACAUCACAACCCCAUUCCUCCCCACAAGUUAGUAAUAGGCCUUCAUGAAAGCUUUGGACAGGAGCUGUUGAAUGGGAUGCAAUCCAUUCAUGAUCCUUGCACACACACUACCCUACUACCUAUGUGGGUCAUGCAAUUCUGGCAGGUGAUGCACAAGAUCCAUCGCACGAGGUCUCAAUGGGCAAAAGGAAAGGCAUGGCUACAGAGCAAACAGGAAGGGGGUGAUGCAGAACACUACCGCACGGUAGUGAGGCAGCUGGACAUUCUCCCAUGGAAUGGGCCAAUACAUGGCCAAGUGUCUGCCAUUGGGAGAACAAACAAACAGCCCAACAUAGUGAUCAUGAACACCAGGUUUUCUGACGCCAUCCACAGCAUCAAAAGCAUCACACAUCAUGACCAGCCACGCAGCUUCCUGUGCACUCUAGAACAUAACGCAAAGACAUUAAGGAAUCUUUAUACCCCGAUCCAUGUCAGCGAUCACUACAUCACAUUGGAAAUCAAUUUUGAAAAGCAAUCUUUCAGCUACAGGGACUCUCUUGAUGCACACAUCGGAAUCCAGGAGAUCACUAACAAGCUGCAGUGGUGUCACCAGAACGACUCGGCUUCAUGCAGAUUGUGCGCCAUCAACACCAUCAAACACAAUGUCUUUGGACAUCAGCUCAGCAUUCCUGACCCUGACCCUACCUAUGAGAGAGCUAGAUGGUUCUUUCUGACAUUGGCAGAUCAGAUUGCUCAACCACUCCUGGUAGAGGUUAGUGACAAGGAAUUGGGACCAUCAGUGGGACCAUCAACACAGCAGGGGCGGCCUGAAGGGAAGGAGGAGGAGCAAUCUGUGAUAGAGACAAAGGUUCCAUACCACGAACACCUCUGGAACUCUGAAGAAGGGUAUCGUGUACAUGCUAAGGAACUGCAGGCACAGGCAGCUUGGUUGGAGGCAUACAUCGAGGAAAAAAGGAAGGAAAAGGAGCUUGAACGAGUGAGGGAAGAGGCACAGCAAAACAUCGAAAUGGAGGAUGUUGUCAUGGAUGCUGCCAUGUCCAGGUCCCCUGAGUAUCAGCCCACACACUACCUUGCAGCAUACUCAAUGAUGAUCGACUUCACUACCUUUCCCGCCUCCAAGCAGAACCUGAAGCUUCUAUUCACACCAAUGUGUGCAUCCUUAUUGGCCACCUGGGUCCUUCGCUAG